UGUGGCCCACGGUGUUGACUUUUGUCAGAGGGGGACGGGCUGCUCACAGGAUAAACCAUUUGUAGUCGUUUCAGUUAUUUGGACUUUAAAUACAUCUUUAAAGACCAGGAUUUGAUGGUCUUGAUUAGUUUUCUCUGUGUCUUGCUUCACCGUACUAAUUCUAGAGGCUUGGCGUGUUUUUGACGGGUUUACUGUGGAGCCAAUAAAAAAUUACAUGUGUUUGGAAAGAGAAAAUGAAACUCUUCUGGAAUACGCACUUGAGAUGUUGAAUCCGUGAAGGUCGUGAAACAUCAGCAGGCAAAUACGGAAGCGCUAUCGGUCGUGAGCGAGGACCAGUCAUUGUUUGAGUGUGCCUACGGGACGCCACACCUAACCAAGACGGACAUGACCGCGUCCUCCUCCGGCGACUAUGGACAGACAUCCAAGAUGAGCCCCCGCGUCCCUCAGCAGGACUGGCUAUCUCAACCUCCGGCCAGGGUCACCAUCAAAAUGGAGUGUAACCCAAACCAGGUGAACGGCUCAAGAAACUCCCCGGAUGAAUGCAGCAUGACAAAAGGCGGGAAGAUGGUGGGCACCCCGGACACUGUCGGCAUGAAUUAUGGCAGCUACAUGGAGGAGAAGCACAUGCCGCCCCCAAACAUGACCACGAAUGAGCGCAGAGUGAUCGUUCCAGCAGAUCCCACGCUGUGGAGUACGGACCACGUCCGCCAGUGGCUGGAGUGGGCGGUCAAAGAAUAUGGCCUCCCCGACGUCGACAUCUUGCUGUUCCAGAACAUCGAUGGGAAGGAGCUGUGCAAGAUGACCAAGGAAGACUUCCAGAGGCUCACCCCGAGCUACAACGCUGACAUUCUCCUCUCCCACCUGCACUACCUCAGAGAGACUCCUCUUCCACAUUUGACUUCAGAUGAUGUUGAUAAAGCCUUACAAAACUCUCCACGGUUAAUGCAUGCUAGAAACACAGGGGGUGCAGCUUUUAUUUUCCCAAAUACUUCAGUAUAUCCUGAGGCUACGCAAAGAAUUACAACUAGGCCAGAUUUACCUUAUGACCCACCCAGGAGAUCAGCCUGGACUAGUCACGGCCACCCCACCCCCCAGUCAAAAGCUGCUCAGCCAUCCCCUUCCGCAGUGCCCAAAACUGAAGACCAGCGUCCUCAGUUAGAUCCUUAUCAGAUUCUUGGACCAACAAGUAGCCGCCUUGCAAAUCCAGGGAGUGGGCAAAUACAGCUUUGGCAGUUUCUCCUGGAGCUCCUGUCCGACAGCUCCAACUCCAACUGCAUCACCUGGGAGGGCACCAACGGGGAGUUCAAGAUGACGGACCCCGAUGAGGUUGCCCGGCGCUGGGGAGAACGGAAAAGCAAACCCAAUAUGAACUACGAUAAACUCAGCCGCGCCCUCCGUUACUACUAUGACAAAAACAUCAUGACCAAAGUCCACGGGAAGCGCUACGCCUACAAGUUUGACUUCCACGGGAUCGCCCAGGCUCUCCAACCCCACCCCCCAGAAUCAUCUCUGUACAAGUACCCCUCAGACCUCCCUUACAUGGGCUCCUACCACGCCCACCCACAGAAGAUGAACUUUGUGGCCCCCCACCCUCCAGCCCUACCUGUGACCUCAUCCAAUUUUUUUGCCACCCCCAACCCCUACUGGAAUUCACCAACUGGAGGCAUAUACCCCAACACCAGGCUUCCCGGCAGCCACAUGCCUUCUCAUCUGGGCACUUACUACUAACGACCUGAGGGAGGCCUUUCCCAACAGCAUACAACCACCAAGAAAUCGCCACCAACUCUAUCGGAGAACGUGAAUCAAAAGUGCCUCAAGAGAAAUGUAAAAGCUUGACUGGCGCUGGGGAAGGAAGCCAGGGACGAGAUCCAAAGACUCUUAACGGGAGGGAUUUACUAAAGUAUUACUACAGGAAUAAAGAGGAUGCGGAAAAUGUGACGUGCGUGAACACGUCACGUGUGGACCAACCUUAUAAAAGACAUUGUAAGUAGAAGCAUGAAGAUGUCACAAGGACAAAGAACCAAAGAAAGUGUUCUUAAGAAACAUAUGAACUUCAGAGGAGAGUUAGGGGUCCUGCUCGUGCAAACGGGGAUUCAAGCACAGCAAUAGUGGUAACACACUCUUCACCUAACAUACCAUUUACGUGUCAUUUUAAGGAAAACUACCUGUAUUUAAAAAUAGAAACAUAUCAAAAAAAAAAAAGAAAAGAGAGAGAGACUGUGGCCCAUCGACAAAUGUCGAUAUGAACCUCCACGGAACGCGAUGUUUUGGGUGUAAUCAGAUUCAUUCCCUUGGGGGAAGGGCCACAGCCACUGGACAGGAUUACGGGAACCGAGGCCGGCAGUGGGGCCGAGGACGUGUGCAGACAGUGAGCAGUGAGCAUGCGGUUGCAGACAGAGGGCUGGAGGAGGUGUGAGAGGAGGGAGCAAAGGAGGCCACAGGGCUGGGAGAGACACUUGUCAAGCAGUAGAGACUGAACUUGGGACAGCACAGAGGCUGGAGACUGAGUCAGGAGACUUGCGGGUUCAUUGGUCAGAGUUCUACCAAAUGCAGUGUUAAGAGGAACGUCAAGGAGGAGGGGGAAGGAGUGGAAUUCGGGAACAAAAAUACGCAUCUCUCUUUUUUUGUUUGUUUGUCUGUCUGUCAAAAGAAAAAUUUAACUGGAAUUGUCUGAUAUUUAAAAGAAACAUUCGGGACCUCAUCGUUAUGGGGGGGGACUCUGUUCCCCACAGGGUCAGGUAAGAGGUGGGUAGCCUUCUUCGAUGCUGCCAUUGGAAACCAACUAGGCGUUUGGGUUAGACAGAGGCUCCAGGUUUCCUUUCGAGUCGCAAACGCUGUGCGUUUGUCAGAAUGAAGUAUACAAGCCAAUGUUUUCCCCCCUUUUUAUAUAAUAAUUAUAUAACUUAUGCAUUUAUACACUACGAGUUGAUCUCGGCCAGCCAAAGAUACACGACAAAAGAGACAAUCAACGAUAGAAUGUGGCCUUGAAUUUUAACUCUGUAUGCUUAAUGUUUACAAUAUGAAGUUAUUAGUUCUUAGAAUGCAGAAUGUAUGUAAUAAAACAAGCUUGGCCUAGCAUGGCAAAUCAGAUUUA